UCAACCACGAAGCGACACAUUGCAGUCGUUGCUUUUGCUGCUUUACUAAAAUAAAAAGAAACACACGGAGAGUUUGGGUUUUUUUUUUAUGAGGCAGCCACGCAGAUUAUUUGAUUUUAACACACCCUGCAGUUGCGGAGAUGGUUUAGUCUGUAGUAGGUGGGACGUCGAGCGGUCUGCAGGACGUCGUAGAUCAAUGAACCGGACCGGAGGGCUGGUCCAUCGCCUGGGUGUUUGCAUCUGACUGUAUAGAUGUGUCAGUAUCUAUGUAGGCUACAGAGGACGGAGCGCAUUACAGCCUCGCAUUAUUUUUUCUUUUUUUGUUAACCAUCCUCUCCAGUAUGCCGAUGUUUUAGACCCACUUGGCUAUUCCGCACACCCUUCGGCUUCCGUCUAGUGGCUCCGUGUUGCGAUUUCGGAUUCAAAUUAGGAAAUAAAAGCUAACUAUAACCUCCAGGAUGAUCUUUGCAAAUACAGGCAACCCGCUGAAGACAGCCAAUCGAAAGCAGUCCUAUCCCAUGACUCCGUCCAGUCCCAGCAGCAGCAGCAACAGCAGCAGCACAGGCUGGGAGCAGCUCAGCAAAACCAACCUGUACAUCCGCGGCCUCCCCCCUGCUACUACAGACCUGGAUCUGGUCAAACUCUGUCAGCAGUAUGGCAAGAUCCAGUCAGCAAAGGCAAUCCUGGACAAGACAACCAACAAAUGUAAAGGUUAUGGCUUUGUGGACUUUGACAGCCCGGCAGCUGCUCUAAAGGCAGUACAUGCUCUCAAAACCAGUGGUAUACAAGCCCAGAUGGCCAAGCAACAGGAGCAAGACCCAACCAACCUGUACAUCUCCAACCUGCCGCUGUCCGUGGAUGAGAAGGAGCUGGAGAACAUGCUGCAGCCCUUCGGCCAGGUCGUCUCCACGCGCGUCCUCAGAGACUACAGCGGCAACAGCCGAGGCGUUGGCUUCGCCAGGAUGGACACGACAGAGCAGUGCAACACAGUGAUCUCCCACUUCAAUGGGAAAUUUAUCAAGACAGCUUCUGGGGCUCUGGCUCCAUCUGAGCCGUUGUUGUGUAAGUUUGCAGACGGUCAGAAGAAGAAACACGCUCACGGCGCGUUUGUUCCUAACGGACGGACAUGGAACAGAGACGGGGACCUGAGAGUGGGUGCAAUGACUCUUACCUAUGACCCCUCCUCAGUAGCUAUGCAGAAUGGGUUCUAUCCUUCUCCUUAUCCUGUGGCCAACAGGAUGAUGACUGUGCAGCCCACCAUGUCUCCCUACAUGUCCCCGGUCUCUGCCUACCAGGUACAGGGUCAUUCUUGGGUGGCACAUCCACAAUAUUUCAUGCAACACCCGGCUGCUGUGAUGUCUCCCUCUGUGGAUCCCUCCAUGUCACUGCACCCCACAGCCAUGAUUACUCAGCAGAUGGGCCAUCUGUCAUUGGGAAAUAGUGGAGCGUAUAUUGCAGCCAGCCCUGCCGUGCAAGCAGCUUACAUGCCCCAGUACCCUGCCAUGCAGACGGCACCUGAAAAUGGCACACAGCAGCAGGUGGACUCAUCCAACAACUCGUCUCCUUACAGUCAACACAGCAAGUAAUCAUAGUUUAAACUCCUCCUCUGGGAGCCAGAGGACGUCGGCACCUGCUGCCGACAUCACAGUGGUAACAGUCAUCGCCUUCUCUGAUUGGACCAGACACAUGAACUUUUUGCACAGCCCCAACUUUUGUGACGGAACAUGAGGACGGAGUAAAUGCAGUUGGCUAAUCACAGCAAAGGAAAAAAAAAAGAAAAAAAAAAGAUUUAUUUUGAUAAGAAACAACGUAUACUUCUUUUUUCUCUUUUCCAAGGAUUCUCAAAACAAAUGUCAGAGGACUUCCAAGUGUGAUGUGAUAUUCAAAAUGCAUGAGAUUGAAAUAUUUUUCCCCAAGGUUUCUAUGAUUUUAUAGUUAAUUUGUGAUAUAUGAAAACCUUGCUUGCACUGAAGUUUCACGUUUCAAAAUGGCUUCAUUUUGGUUUUCGGAGUUUUCAUGAAGCAGCUUUUGCCUAGUCGAUUAAUUUUCAACCACGCUGACAAGUGAUAACAGACGACCAUGUCAUUAGAAAAUUAAUGAAUUUAUUAUUGGAAAAAGGUGCCUUCUUUAUGUCACAUCAAACUUUCUACCUUUUUCAUGGAGCGUUAGCUAUCAUACUCUACUUGAUUGACCACAGUGUGUGUGAAAUCAUGAAGAUAUUCAAGAAUGCUGCGCUAUCUAAUCUCCUAGUUGCAAUAAAGACAAUGAGAGUCCAGCUGCAAUAGUGGAAAAAUAAGAACUGUGACAAGCUCACAACAAGGUGAUUCCAUAUUUUUCGACUGAUUUUUUUUUUUUCGUUCUGUUUUGUUUUGUUUAGUUCAAGACAUGACAUUAAGCAAGAGCUGUACUUUUAUGAAAUUAGAAGUUUUAGACAGGACGAGCAUCUUUUAGGAGGUUUUUGCUCUAGGGGUCAAUAUGACCGGUGAUCUACCUCAUGGUUCUGUGUCUGCUGGUGUUGCAGGGUUUGCAGGUACAUCCCUUUUCACCAGAACUGAUGAAGCAGAACAAAAGCCAUGCUCAGGAGCUGGCUAGAUAGGACUUUUAUGUCUCCCACAUGCAAUAUUUCUUUUCUUGGUCUUCAAAGAAACUUCGUGCUUUGCUUCAUCUUUAUUUGUCAUUGCUCUGUUCAUAGUAGUUUUUUUUUUUUUUUUUUUUUUAAUCCGCUGAGUGUUGUUCUGUUGUGCUGCUCCAUUUUAGAGAUCCAGAAAUAAGAAAAGUACCUAGCUUCUCCUUAAAUAUUUUUUUACAAGGUGCUUGAAAAUUUUUAAUGCAAACUACAUGCAGUACGGUGCAUUUCUCCUGCAUUGGCAGAUCUAGGAUGAGACACCACUGCCCCUUACCUCUUCUCUGUUUUCUUUGAAAAGGCAAAAAAAAAAAAAAAAAAAAGUCACUAGACAAAAUAAGGCUGGGAUUUAACCAAAUACUCAUUUUGGUUCUUUGAUAAUGCCUCAGCUUAAACAAAUGACAAACAACAAUAUUGUUUUUUGAUAAGUAGAAAAUCUACUUUCAUUCAAUUCUUGCCACAUGUAUAAAAAUGUAGGAUUUUUUUUUUUUAAAAAAUGAAUGAAUGAAGCGGUUGGAGAAACGCAGUGAUGGGACACUGAUAGAAUUCCAGUCACGAUGUGGAUGUGUAUUGAUUGAUGCCUGACCUUAACAGGGGCAGGAAUGACAGCAUGUCUAUCAGACAUUGGGUGGUUAAAAACAAGAAAUGUAAAUUAUAUAAAUUUAUGGGCAAAAGAGAAAAAAAAUGACUUUUUAUGUUUGCUUUUUUUUUUUAAAACAUGUCUGGCUGAUGUGAGAAAUUGACACUAUUUCGAGACCUCGCGCUCAAGAGAAACAGUCAAAGCUGUAUUUGUGCAUUCCCAAACCAAUAGUGUCAAUAACUGCUCACAAUCGGGACGUAUGCGCAAUAACCAGGAUUUUUUUUUUACUGCGUACGCCUUCCCAUUGUGAACAUUUCUUUAUGAAAAAAUCUUUAAAAUGAAGAUUUUUUUUUCUUGUACGUGUUACCCUCAUUGUUUUCCCUGUCACUUUCGCCUGAUUCUCUCUCAAUCUUUUCCUUGGUCUUUCCUUUGAAAACAUCAGAAUAAACAGUGCUGAGACAACA